AUGGCUUUACAAAUAAUGACCGAUGGGAGAUGCAAUUUCACUAAUUUUUCUUAUGAUCUUGAAGAUGUAUCAAAUAUCCGACCAACGUAUAGAAAAGCUGUUGUAAAGGAAGAUCCUACAAGUGAUGCGAAAAGAGAAGGUGCUGGAGCCGCACAGAGUUCCUCUAUGGAAUUACUGGGUUAUGACUGGAUAGCAUCAAUGGUAGAUAAUCAAAUGAGAUCAAUGUAUGCUAACAUUAUGGACAGUUGUGAUAAAAAGUUAUUAGGUUGUGACUCAGUUGACGACCAAUGGUUAAAUCGACAAGAACUUUUUGAUGACCUCAAUAAGUUUCGUCAAACGAAUUCUGAAUUGUGUUGUUCACAACAACCUUUAAGUUAUAACAGUGAAUUUACUAGAGUUAAUCCUACACGACCUACAUCAAGUGUCAGACAACUGAUGCGAUCAAUUCCACCUAUUAGAACUAAGAGUUCUUCACACCGUAUUUCAACACCACCAAUUACAUACAAUUAUACACUGAAUUCUAGAUUGUUUCCUAUAAGAACAGAUAUUUUGGCUGAUGAUGAAAAGGCAGAAAACGACACGGCGAACCCUGUGAUUCUGAGGAUUUCAAUCCCAUCAAAUCGUCUGAAAUGUAUGAAAUUACCAAAUGACUCCUACGAGAAAAAUAUACCAUUUCCAUCACGUCGGUUAACGAAUUCAAUCUCCUUGAUGGGACAUUGCUACUAAAUGAUGAAAAGAGGAAUAUUGGUACAACACUGCAUUUCUUCGUUAUCGACAAAGUUGUGGAAGGUAAUCGGGUGGAUGAGUUCUGACAAAUAAUUCUGAACAGAAUACUUGUGGAACACUAAAUAAUUGUAAUUUCUCUGUACCUUUUGUAUUCAUCGAUUGUGUUACAAGGUAUUGUAAUGCUUCACUUAUUUGACUAAGCAUAAUAACUGUAUAAGAACACAUUUAAGGCAAAUACAUAAAUCUGUGCAGUUUAAAUGGGUUGAAUUUCACAAAAUGAAAAUGUUUGUGGUUAAAUGUUUUUUAUAAGGCAGAUUGAUCGUUUCGAUAUGCUCAGUU